AUGCUAAGAUCACCACGAACAAAUGGUGCUGAUAAUUUUGUUCCUAGUCGUCAUUUAGCAUUGAUUACACAGCCUGUAUUAGGUGCUCGAUCAAGAUCAAGAAAAAAAACAACAAAUAUUAUUGUUGAAACAUCAACAUCAACUAAAGAAAAACUUGAUUCAAUGACAAGUAGUCGUCGAAGUUCAUAUAACGAUUCCCCACCAUUAAUUUUACCUAUUAAUCGAAUUGACACAUCACAAUAUCAAAAGAAAACUAAUUUAAAUAGUCAUCAUGAAUCAUCUGAUUCAGGUCUUGAUUUAUCUUUAUCAACAAAUUCAUCCGUUCAAUUUCAACAAUAUUCACAACAACAUAUUCCAAUUCAUCGUCCAUUAAGUGCGCUUAAUGAAGAUUCAAGUCCUGACGAUGGAUAUCAUGAUGAACAUCAACAAGAAUCAAUUGAUAUUAUUCGUCUUCGAUGUCCACCUAUUAAUUUUGGACGAAAUCGUUCAAUGGAAGAUAUGAUUAGUAAUAAUACACGUGAAGAACAACAACAUCGUUCAAGUUCAUUUUCUGAUGAACGACAACAAAAAUUAUUUUUACAAAAAGAUAAAAAAAUGAAACGAUCAAGUGAUGGUGCUCUUUUAGAUAUACUUGAUACAUCACCAGAAUCAACAGAAUCAUAUAGACGAACAAACACAACUAAAAAUGAACUUCUUUAUACUCCUAAUAUUCAACAACAUCGAUCAUUAAAUGAUUUAAAUAAUAAAACUUCAUCAAAAGUUAUCCGCCAUGAGUCCAAUAUACCAACAAUUAUUAAUAACUUAUCAACAACACAUACAAUUAUUCGAAAACCAAAUACAUCAACAUUAAAACCAUUAAGAAAAAAAACAAAAUUAAAUAUUCUUAUUGAACCAUCAAUACCAUUGACAUCAUCACGUCUUACUGGUUAUGACGAACAAAUUAAUGCAAUGACAGGAACAACAAGUAGCUCAAGUAAUCAAACAACACCUCGCUCAAUACGUCCAUUAGGUCUACAACAACAACAACAACAACAGCAGCAGCAGCAGCAUAAGUCAAAAGCAAUUACACAACUAGCUCAUUAUUCAAAUCAAGAACAAAUGAGAGCACAUGUUAAUCGAUCUGUCAUUGAAAGACAACAUCCAGUAAAUUUAGUAAAACCUGUACGUCCAGGUGUUAUACAACAAAGAAUCCCAUUUGAUGCUUCACCAUCAAAAGUUAAUAAUCUUCUAUUAAGAUAUCAUGGUCAACAACCUCAACCAUCCACAACUUACCAUUCAAAUAUUCAAGGAUCAACUCCAUUUAAAUAUGCCCAUAAACGUGAAAAUUCACAAGAUCAAAUUGAACAAAUUCAUAAUCAACGACAUUUUAUUGGUUCAAUUCAAAGACAACAAGAUAAAGAAUUAUCAUUUGAAAAAACUCAUCAACGAAACAAAUUUCUUAAGAAUAGAUUACCCGACGAAAAUGAAAAUAUUGAUGAAAAACAAUAUACAGAAAACAUUCUUACAAGUACACCUCGUCGUCAAUAUGAACAUCAUGUUGAUACGCGACAACGUCAAUCAAAUUUUAAUGAUUCAAAUAGAAAUAGUGUUGCUGAUAAAUAUGAAUCUGUUCAAUCAACUAAUACAACACCUAAAUUACAAGAUGCUAAUAUCAUUUAUCGACGACAGCACCGAAAUGUUGGUUAUGCUGAUGAUCCUAUCCAUAUAAAUCAAUCAAAUGAAGUCGAUCGAGAAAUAGAUGGAAAACAACAAACUCAUGGAUUGAAAACAACAGGAAUUGCUAUUCGAAAUAAAAAUAAUAAUAAUGAGAAAAAAUUCAAUCGAACAACAGAAGCAAAUAGUCAAUAUGGACCUGAUCAUUUACAUGGUGCACAAAAAAAACCUAUUUCUACAUUACAAUCUCGUCCAUCAAAAGUUCAUUUUCAAACAUUUGAAAAUCCAAUAAAUCAUAAUUCUCCAAAUGAAACUCAAAUUGAUCAAAAUCUACAAUCAAAUCAAUGGCGAAAUUCCAAAUAUGAAAAUGAUCAUCAUCCAUGGGAAAAAUCUCAAAAUGAAUCAAUAUUAAAAACUAUUCGAAUUCAACCAAUACAUCCAAAACAUACAAAUAUUUAUGAUUCAAAACGAGAAAGAGAAAUAAGUCAAUUAAGUAAUAUAUCAAAAGGAGAAUCAAUACAAUCUGAUGAAAAAAAAUUUAAUCCUAAAAUUAUUGAAAAAAAUUCCACUAAUAAUCUUCAAUCAAAAUCAUCAACAUCAUGGCCAAUUAUAUCCGAACAUGAUAAUAAUCAACAACAAUUUGAUAUUUAUGAAAAAAUAACAACUUAUCAAUCUCAAUUAUCAACAUCACCAUUAUCUCAUGAUGAAUUAGUUGAAAAUAAUUCUAAUACACCACCUCCUCGUACUUAUCGUUUAAUGAAUGAUAAACAACAAAAACUUCUUGAUCGAAGAUAUUUUAUUCCAUCUAAUAAUUUACAAACUUCUUCAGUUGUUGGUUCUUCUUCUCAUCCAUCAUCUUGUCAUACAUAUCCAUUUACAUUAACAAAUGAUUUUGAAAAUAAUAAUGAUAUUAUUAUUGAUCAUAAUUCACAAUUAAUAAAAAAUAAAAAAAAUCAUAGUCAUGUACCUGAUGUUUAUGUUUUAUCUGAUCGUGAAAGUACACAAAAUACAAUUGAUCGACAAAGUUCUUCAUCUCCUUUGGAAAAUAUUUCUUCAAAUAAAAAAAUCUAUUCACCACAAGAAAAAAUAAUUCAAUCAACAGAACAAAAUGAAAUAACAUCAAAUUAUGAUAGUGAUGAUGGUUGGAGUGAUGAUUCAGCUGAACUUUUAUAUGUUGAUGAACGAUACGCAACAGAAAAAAGGAAGAUUACUUCAUCUUCACAUCUACCUUCACAACAACCUUAUCAUUACCAAGUUCAACAACAGAAUGUGCUUCUUAAGUAG